AUGCCGACCCUUGCUGAAGAAGCUGUUGCAGCUGCAUCCGCUGGUCCGCCGAUGGGAGAUGUACGCCAAGCGACGGUCGAUGGCGGCGGCAACGGCGGAGCCUCCUAUAGUGACCGUAAUUCCAGCGGCGGCAACGGCGGAGCCUCCUGUAGUGGCCGUAAUUCCAGCGGCGGCAACGGCGGAGCCUCCUGUAGUGGCCGUAAUUCCAGCGGCGGCAACGGCGGAGCCUCCGGUAGCGGGAAAUUAAGCGGUGGCUACGGCGGAGCGUCCGCUGUCGGGCAAUCCAGCGGCGGCUAUAGCGGAGCGUCCAGUAGCGGGCAAUCCAGUGGCGGCUACGGUGGAGCGUCCGAUGUCGGGCAAUCCAGCGGCGGCUACGGCGGAGCGUCCUGGCAUAAAAACGUAGAGGUGAACGAGUUGGAUUGUCGCUUGGAUAGAACUGAAAUGAACCUUUUGGCUAGCAAUAUGGCUUUGAGAGUUGCCCCCAUGGUAUUCAUUUUGCAACAUGGUCUAACUCCCUAUGUACUACUUAGUCCACAAUCGCGGCUGCACUUUUUUAAACAGGAUGGUAUUGUUAUGCCAUCAAACGGCCAGAGGAAUGAAACAUAG